AGACGAUAGAUGUGUUGAACGUAAGUAUUGACCAGUUUUGGGUAUACCUUAUGCCGAACCACCCGUCGGGAGACUCCGGUUCGCCAAACCUCAACCCAUCAAAACACCCAAUAAGGUCAUGCCUACAGCCAUACGUUCCGCCAUUCUUUCAGUUUAUGAAAAAUCAAAGCGAAGACUGUUUGGUAUUAAACAUAUGGACACCAAAUGCGGGCAAUAAUAACACAAACAAAUCACAGCUCAAACCCAUUAUGUUUUGGCUUCACGGCGGGGGUCUGUCUAUGGGCUCAAUAUAUGAGUUUCCCAAUUAUAACGGCACAGCACUGGCCACACAUGACGUGAUGGUUGUGACCGUAAACUACAGGUUAGGACCGUUUGGUUUCCUAUACGCCGGCGACGAGACGGCGCCCGGAAAUGCCGGCCUCUAUGACCAACUGUUGGCACUAAAAUGGGUUAGAGAAAAUGCUGAACAGUUUGGCGGAGAUAGGGAUCGGAUUACCAUUUUUGGUGAGAGCGCCGGCAGUCAGUCGGUGUCGGCGCUGGUAUUGUCUCCGUUGGCCAAAGGGCUGUUCAGACGUGCCAUACAUGAGAGCGGAGUGUUGUUGACCAAUAAGAAGCGGCCAUACAUUUCAAAAACAGAAGCGUUGGAUCAGUUCAAAGUGAUGGCCAAUCAUUUCAAUUGUGGAUCCGAUCGGAACCGAUGGCUACAGUGUCUGCGAAAUGUCUCCGAUUAUGAAGAGCUGAUCAAAACCUUUCCGAUGAAUACCUGUCCAGCGCUGGAGUCGACUGAGUUGUUGCCUGAGAUAAAUGCUCAAAAUGCGUUCAUAAAAAAUAAUUUCAACCAAGGUCUAGACAUCAUGGUGGGCGUGUCCCGAAAUGAGGGUUCAUUAGUAUCGCGGGCGGCUUUCAAUUGGAUGUUUGCCAGAGAUAUUAACGAAACCGACUUCGAUGUCCUGAUGGAUCAGCUGAACAAUCGAUUCAAAGACAUAGACAUACCGGCGGUCAAAGACUAUUACCUGAAA